ACGUCAUCAGGGAGCGCCGAGGAAGAGCGACGGCGUGCUGCGACUAUGGCUCUAUUCCACGUAGCGCGGUACGCAGGCCCGGAGGCUUCCGGACUGGGGGAUGCAGAGGUAGAGGCGGGUAGCCGGGCACGAGUGCUGCUCGAGCGGCUGCAGAACCGAGCUCGUGAGCGGCGGCAGCAGGAACCGAAGCCUGAACCCGCCGGGGAGGCCGCGGAAGCGGCAGGCAGGCGGCGUCGACGGCCCCGGCGGCGGCGUGGCUGCUCUGUGGCUCAGAGCCCGGAGGCUCCUAGGGCGAAGCGGCAGAAAGCCGACUACAGUGUGCAUGCAGGUGGGCCAUGUGGCCGAGAUGUGGACGGGGCUUGGAGGCUUUUUCCUGGGUGCGCUGCGGGGUUUAUGUUCCCUCUGUUGUUGUGUCGCGCAGGGAGAGGCGAAGAGUCGCCUGGAGAGCUCAACACCGACUUAGAGGACUCAGGUGAGAAGCCCCCAGAGGAGGCCCCGAGACCCCCGGCUCCAGGGCCUGUGUUGGGGGACUUUGCAAGAAGGAAGACACUGAAGGUCCAGCCUUUCCUGCCAGCAUGGCUGGCAAAGCCAAGCUGUGUCAAGAAGAGCGUCACUGAGGAUCUUACUCCUAUCGAAGACAUCCAUGAGGUUCACCCUGACUUGCAGAAGCAGCUGAGGGCUAAUGGCAUCUCUUCCUACUUUCCAGUCCAGGCAGCUGUGAUUCCUGCCCUCUUGGAGAGUGCAGAUAGUGGGUUUCUAGUAGGCAGAGGUGGAUACCAACCUAGUGACCUCUGUGUGUCUGCCCCAACGGGCAGUGGGAAAACACUGGCAUUUGUUGUCCCUGUGGUACAAGCCCUGCUGCAUCGAGUGGUCUGCCACAUCCGUGCACUGGUUGUGCUUCCUACUAAGGAGCUGGCCCAACAGGUGAGCAAAGUAUUCAACAUCUACACGGAUACCACACCUCUGCGGGUUGCUUUGGUGACUGGACAGAAGUCACUGGCCAAGGAGCAGGAGAGCCUUGUCCAGAAGACGGUAGAUGGUUACCGAUGCCUGGCUGAUAUUGUGGUGGCCACACCUGGCCGCCUGGUGGACCACAUUGACCAGACCCCAGGAUUCAGCCUCCAGCAGCUCCGCUUCCUGAUCAUUGAUGAGGCUGACCGGAUGAUAGACAGCAUGCACCAGUCCUGGCUGCCCAGAGUGGUGGCAGCAGCCUUCUACAGUGCAGGCCCCUCAGGCUCCUGUGCCCUACUCCAGAGGACACAGCCCCAGGCUGUGACUGCUGCCAGCACUUGCUCUCCCCAGAUGCCUCUACAGAAGUUACUGUUCUCAGCCACACUGACCCAGAACCCUGAGAAACUGCAGCGGCUUGGCCUCUACCAGCCAAGGCUUUUUUCCACAAAGCUGGGACACAGUGGCCCUAAAGACACAGUUGAGAUGGAUGGAAACUUUGGAGGGAAGUACACCUUCCCUGUGGGGCUCACGCACCACUAUGUACCCUGUAAGCUCAGCUCGAAGCCACUUAUUGUCUUACACCUGGUCCUUGGGAUGAACUUCUCAAGGGCCCUUUGCUUCACUAACUCUCGAGAGAAUUCCCACAGGCUCUUCCUGUUAACACAAGCCUUUGGGGGUGUGAGUGUGGCUGAAUUCUCCUCCCGCUAUGGACCUGGCCAAAGGAAAAAAAUCUUGAAGCAGUUUGAACAGGGAAAGAUCCAGCUCCUUAUCAGUACAGAUGCUACUGCUCGAGGCAUCGACGUGCAGGGUGUGGAGCUGGUGAUCAACUAUGAUGCCCCCCAGUACCUACGAACUUAUGUGCAUAGGGUUGGGAGAACAGCCCGAGCUGGAAAAACAGGCCAGGCCUUCACACUUCUCCUGAAAGUGCAGGAAAGGAAGUUCCUCCAGAUGGUAUCAGAAGCUGGGGUGCCUGAGGUGGCACACCAUGAGAUCCCCAGGGAGCUCCUGCAGCCCUUGGUCCCUCAUUACGAGAUGGCCUUGUCUCAGCUGGAGAAGAUUGUCAAGGAAGAGCAAAAGCUGAAGAUGGCCUAGAUGGGAGCAAAAGCCCAGGGGGAACAUCCUGCUGAAAUGAAUGUUGUGUUUAAGCAAAAGAUACGGUUCCUUGGGGUUCCACUAGAAACAACCCUUCCCUGCAAGCACCAUGGUCAUCUUGGGCUAGGCAACCUAGAUGUUGGCUUGGUCCUGAAAAGUAAUGGCCCUUGGUUUGUACAGCUGGGGUCCAACUGUCUUUGGAAGUAAGCUCAGGUAAAGCUGAAGGGUGCCUUCAGGAAUGUGAUGAAAAACUAUGGUCAGCCUUAUGGUGACAGCAGAUUAAAGUGUGCCUAGCAUUAGCAUUUCAUGUCUACAGAGAGACUAUGGUGAGCCUGUCCCAGACAAGUCACUGAAGCCCAGGAAUAGGCUGGUUUAAGAUGUUUCCAUGGCUACUAGCCUUCAAGAUGGUACCCACAUAAGCAGGAGAGUGCUUGCCUGAACAUAGUCAAAGAGACUGCUUUUUGUAAAAUAUUAAAUAAAUAAAAAGAAAAAUC